UUUAUUAAUAAACCACCCGGUUCACGUGGUCAGCUCAGCCCCGCACAGUAUUCCGCCACAUUAGAGAGGCAUUUUUGACUGGGAGGUGGGGGGGGUGCUCUUUUUUCUUUUUCUCCCCCUCUUUCAUGCGAGACGGGUGGGCUGCUAGUGCUGCUGCUGUUGGUGCUGGUGGUGCUGAUGCUGCCGCCGUGAGGGAGAGAGGUGAGCGCGUUUGGAAGAGCAUUUUUUACCCCCCCUCUCCAAAGCUCCUCCUCUGCCGUCGGAGAGCGGAGACCGGUCACAUUUUUUGCUCAAUGAGAGCAAGAGGGCACCGGAGAGGAUUUCCUAAUUUCAACCCGCUGCUGUGCCGUGCGGCUGUCUCCUCGCCUCUGUCAAAGCAGAGGCUAAUAUGAAGACACCAGUUGGCAAACCAGACCCUGGAAAGCACCAACAAUCGACUCAACUCAUUUGAAACUGAAAAACGGCACCAUGCCUAGUCUCCGAUAAAAUCUGCUCCCCUCUCUCCCCUCUUCCUACCUACCUACUGUGAGUGAGGACGUCAAGACCUGCACAGACAUGGGUUCAGAUCAGCCAUGCAUGGAUUCUCUAGAAAGAAGGCCCACAUUGGGCCCUGGCUGCAAGCAGCUGCGCCGUCAGUGUCUGCGGAAAAAGCUGAGGCCUGUGCGGAUCGUAGGGUUCGUUGUCAGCCUGGUGGCCUUAAGUGCUGUCUCCUUCAGUGCCUUGACCUGGAGCUCAAGGGGUCUCAGUGAGCCAGUCCUCCCCCCGGAGAGCCUCCACCAGACGGCACCCCACAGGACCCUACUUUUCACCCAACUCCAGAAGGACCCCAAUGUAUCGGCUGACAUGCCAAUAGCCAUGAAAUCCACAGCGGACGGCAACGAGAGCAAGGGAGAAUACCCACCAGACAUUUUUGGCCUUGACCAAAGGCGCCAAGGAGCAGUGGUCCUCCACAUGUUUGGAAUGAUCUACAUGUUCAUUGCCUUAGCCAUCGUGUGCGACGAGUUCUUCGUCCCAGCACUGACGGUCAUCACGGAGAAGCUGGCCAUUUCGGAUGACGUGGCGGGCGCCACCUUCAUGGCGGCGGGUGGCUCAGCCCCAGAGCUCUUCACCUCCAUCAUUGGCGUCUUCAUCUCGCACAGCAACGUGGGCAUCGGGACCAUCGUGGGCUCGGCCGUCUUCAACAUCCUCUUCGUCAUCGGGAUGUGCGCCAUCUUCUCCAAGGAGAUCCUCAACUUGACGUGGUGGCCGCUCUUCCGCGACGUGUCCUUCUAUAUCCUGGAUCUGAUCCUGCUAAUCAUCUUCUUCCUGGAUAACAUCAUCUCCAUGUGGGAAAGUAUCACGCUGCUCUCCUGCUACGCCUUCUACGUCAUCUUCAUGAAGUUCAACAGCCAAGUGGAGGGCUUUGUCAAAGAUUGCAUGAACAAGAACCAAGUGGUAGAAGUAGAGGUACAGCCCAAGGAUGAGAAGGCAAGUCCCGGGGCCCCGGAGGAUGACGGCAAGCUGUCGGCCAGGCCACGCCUACAAAGGGGAGGAAGCUCCGCCUCCCUCCACAACAGCUUGAUGAGGAACAGCAUUUUCCAGCUGAUGAUUCAUACGUUGGACCCUUUAAGUGAAGAAUUUGCUGACUCUGAGCUUGGGACUUAUGGGAAACUAAAAUAUUAUCACUCAAUGACUGAGGAAGGUAAAUUCCGAGAGAAGGCCUCCAUCCUUCACAAGAUUGCUAAAAAGAAAUGCCAAGUGGAAGACAGUGAGAAGGCCAAUGGAGUUGCAAGCCGCUCUGAUAAAAACCUUCCCAACAGCUCCAGCGUCGAAGUGGAGGUGACCCCACCCAUGAAUGGAACGGCAGGUCAAGUGGCUGAGACGGCUGAGGAUGAGGAAGAAGACGACCAGCCUCUGAGCCUUUCCUGGCCCGAAACCGCCCGCAAGCGUCUCACCUACCUCCUUAUCAUCCCUAUUGUCCUCCCCCUGUGGCUCACGCUCCCUGAUGUCAGGAAAACGUCAUCGAAGAAGUUCUUCCCCAUGACAUUCCUGGGUGCCAUCUGCUGGAUUGGUGGAUUCUCAUACCUAAUGGUGUGGUGGGCUCAUCAGGUUGGAGAGACCAUUGGGAUUACAGAGGAGAUUAUGGGCCUGACUAUAUUAGCAGCUGGAACCUCUAUCCCUGACCUCAUCACCAGUGUUAUUGUGGCACGCAAGGGGCUAGGUGAUAUGGCUGUAUCCAGCUCUGUGGGCUCCAACAUCUUCGACAUCACUGUUGGACUGCCGUUCCCCUGGCUCAUGUGGUCCUUACUCAGCGAACUGAAACCAGUGCAAGUCAGCUCCAACGGCCUGUUCUGCGCCAUCGUGCUCCUCUUCCUCAUGCUAAUCUUCGUCAUCAUCUCCAUCGCCGCGUGCAAGUGGCGCAUGAGCAAGCUGCUCGGCUUCAUCAUGUUCAUGCUGUACUUGGUCUUCCUGGUGGUCAGCGUCAUGCUAGAGGACAGGAUCAUUUCCUGCCCCGUGUCCAUCUGAGGAACUCUUCAAGGAACGCGCCUCCCCUCCGUCGUCACCACUACCACAACCAUAACUCCUGUCCUGUCACCCUCACCUGAACCCUUGUGAUCCUUUACACCGGGAAUUAAAAGAGGAAUAGUACCAGAGAAAAAUAUGGAGAGAAAAAAUAAAUUCAGUAAGCAGGAAGUGGUGGGGAGGGGUUAAACCAACAAGGGCACAAGACUUUGGCUUGGCUGGUUUAUCAUAGGCCUAACCUGAGUGGAUUUUUAUUUAUUUUUAUUUGUUAUUUCACUGGCAGGUGAAGAGGGG